UCUUCAACCUCCUGCAAACCUCCUCCUCUCUCUUUCGGAAGCUCGAAAUCCGAAACCUGAAUCAAGAUAAAUGGGGAGAACUCCUUGCUGCGAGAAGAAUGGUUUAAAGAAAGGUCCAUGGACACCAGAAGAGGACCAAAAGCUCAUCGACUAUAUUCAGAAGCAUGGCCAUGGCACAUGGAGAACCCUUCCCAAGAAUGCAGGUCUGGCGCGAUGUGGGAAGAGCUGCAGGCUCCGAUGGACGAACUAUCUUCGACCAGAUAUAAAGAGAGGAAGGUUCUCUUUUGAAGAGGAGGAGACCAUCAUCCAACUUCACAGUAUAUUGGGCAACACAUGGUCAGCUAUCGCUGCGCGCUUGCCUGGAAGAACAGACAAUGAAAUCAAGAAUUACUGGAACACCCAUAUCAGAAAGAGGCUUCUUCGUUCGGGAAUCGACCCAGUAACGCACAGACCACGGCUCGAUCUCCUCAACCUCUCUUCCCUUCUUAACGCGGUGCUCGUCAACCAACGGGCUCGGCUCGAUGUCUUCAACUUGCUUGACAUCAAACCUCACCUAAACACCGAGUUCUUGAAAAUUGUCUCCAAUCUCCUGCAGUCUCAAUCCCAAGAAUCACAGCCUACUAGUCUCCAAACGAUACCGCACCAGCUUCCGUCACAUUUACCUUAUAAUGAAGUUCAGUUCAGUACUGCAAAUCCGUGGCAAUACAACGAAGGAAACGCUUGCUAUCUACGUGAAAAUUUGGGGUAUACUAAUGAUGAUGUUAGUUAUGAGGAAAUGGACCAAAAAAAGUCUGGUUUGUUAUAUGCGGCAUCCAAUGUCCAAUUCCCUAAAGAUCAGAGCUUAUGCAGCGAUCUGGAAUCAGUAUUAAGCGAGAGUUUGAACAAUUCUUCUAUGAUCAUCAACAACAGUUCAGAUGAUGAGAAAGAUAGCUACCACAGCAGCUUCUUCGAUUGCCAGAUUCCUGACUUUUUUGAUAUUAGUGAGUUUAUAUGAAGAUUAAAAAGAUAAAAUUUAAAGAGAAAAAGAAAAGGAAAAAAUAGGAUCAAGCAGAUGAGAGCAUGUCUUUAAUUUUGUGCAUAUUGUGGAUAAUAAGAAAAUAUUUCUUCUAUAUUAUCUAUAAUGAUUAUUUUUAUUAUGAGAUUUAAAAUAUGCUUAUAAUUGCAUCAUAUGUAAUUGCAUAAUAGGAAGGAACUUUGCUGGAUUGGUGGUGGGGUGGCAACUAAUUCAUUGUAUGAAAAUAAAUUGAGCUUAAG